AUGGCGGAUGAGGCAAACGAAGCAGACGUCUUCGCCGUCCCGGACUUUUGGAAGACGUCCAAGUGGCUAGAUCAAUUGGCCAAGGAAGCUUCAACUUCUCUGUUUGGAAAUGGGUUAGAUGUCUUAUACAAUGCGAAACCUACCUUGCUUCCCCUAACGCCUAUCAAACUCGACACGGAUGGCUUCUUCCAACUACCCCAGGACAAAGAUUUCCAUGCGGAAAGUCAAGAUGAUAACGAAGGCUUCGAAACAGCUCACUGGUCCGUUCAAGAGCCCUUCGAAUUCGAGGAUAAAAGCGAUGUAUGGAUGCACUCUUCAGAACCGCCUCCAAAGCCAGCCAUAUUCAGGACGUGGGAAACCUUUAAUACCGGAAUACCGAAACCGCAUGUGCCACUAUUUCUAAGCGAAGCCGGAGCAGGCGCAUACGACGCGCUGUUGAACUGGCCAACAGAUUCUUUAGAAUUGGCUAAUACGAAUACGCCUGUUGUUGAGACCAAUGUCUAUUUUGCGUCUGUGUUGGCCCUCAGCGUUGGCCGGGAAUCUGUCUUCUUCGCAAGAACUGCUAAAGGGACGCUCAAGCCUACGCUGCCUGAAUUACGAAUAUCUGGAUACACCAGACAAGUACUGCAGGGAGUCGAAAGACAAGCAGGGAGGUGUGGCUCGACAUUCUUACGGCUCAGCACAGUCUCUCGAUCAGCAUACAUUUCAUCUUCGAGUCGAUGCGCUGUAGCACUCGCCAGCGCCAUGAACCAGAUUCUACAAGCCGUGGAAUACCAGGUCACCGUGGAUGGACGAUUUCCCAGAUCCCUCUUACAUCUUCAGACUACCAUAACAGGGGCAUCAGCUAUUCUCCGACCGCUAGAUGAUCUCGUAUCCAGAAUGUCGGAGAACCUUUCCGACGAGGAGAUCUUGUCGCUUGUUUUUCAGGAAGCGUCAAUGCUUGAGUUUAGCGAAGGAUACGUUCGAGAUGUGCUCUGCGAAAUAUUGCGGCGCAUAUCGUCGCCUUGGCUUGAAUCAAUUGAAGAGUGGCUUGGCACCCGACGGGAAGUAGGAACGCCCUUUACAAAGUCAAGCAUUGGAGAGACCAGGGGGUUUGUCAAAGUCGACGUGGAAAUCUUUACUGAUGACUUUGGACGAGAAGUUGAAGACGUGGACUUUCGGUUGGAUGCGAGGAAAGUUCCGGAAUUUUUGCCUCAAGAUAUCGCCGAGUCCAUAUUUGAGACGGGCAGAAACUUGCGAUUUGUUAGGGCCUUCCACCCUGACCACGUCUUGGCUCGCUCUGAUGCGAUUAUGUCGAACCGACCGCCUGCGGCAGAAUGGCUAUUUGAUUGGGAGUCUAUUUUAAACCUUGAGAGUCGCGUUGCACAAUACCAAGAGAGGCUAGUUCACGCCCUCCGGCAAAGUCGUUCCAGCACAACACGAGAAGCGGCACAAUUCAGGCUAGGCGUACAUGAGCCAGGCUCCGAGUUCAAAUUGCAAUUUUUCGGGUUCGACCAAAAUAUGAUGGAGCAGCGAUUACUCGAAUCAAUGGACCAGCUUGACCAGCCAUUCAUGGCAAAAGGGAGCGAUGAUUCGCUAUGCCGUCUUGUCCGAGCGCGGCUUUCCAAGGUGAAUGAGGACGACGCUGCAGCCUCUGAUAACACGCCGCAUUGGUCUCUUUUACCAAUCCUGUCGUUUGGUGGGAUUGCGGCCGCUCAGGCACGAAUCGUCAAUCGAGAAAGCCUGCGGCUACUAUUCGAAGUACACGGGGUCCAAGAUCACCUCAAACUACAGCGAGACUUUCAUCUGCUUGGGAAUGGUUUGUUUUGUAGUCGACUGUCUCAUGCUUUAUUUGACCCAGAUCUGGAAACAGCGGAAAGACGGGCUGGCGUAGCAAUGCAAGGUGGUGUCAUGGGCUUGCGGCUCGGGGGCCGAGAUACAUGGCCACCAGCGGGCUCUGAGCUUCGUCUCGCCCUGAUGGGAGUUCUUAGUGAAGCGUAUCAUUCUGGACUCGGUAAGAAGGCAUCUGUGUCCACCAAACUGGGCUCAGAUGCUUCCCUGCUGCCCGGAGAUCUGAGUUUUGCAGUUCGUGACUUGUCCUCAGAAGAGAUUGACAAAUGCAUGAACCCAGACACGUUGGAAGCCCUCGAUUUCCUGCGACUAUCAUAUUCCACGCCCCCGGAACUGACGUCGAUAAUCACACCACUUCACUUAAUGCAUUACGACCGAAUUUUCAAGCUUCUCCUCCGGAUCUUGAGAAUGCUCUACAUUGUCAAUCAGUUGUAUCGAGAUACGAACUCGCGACUAAACACCUGGUUCGAAGAGGACGCUUCAUAUCGCUUCGUCAGGGAAUCGCAGCAUUUCGUAUCCAGCAUUGCGUCAUACUUUCUAGACAGCGGUGUUACGAUACCCUGGCAGACUUUUGAGAGGAAACUUGAUGUCAUUCGUGUUGAGCUCGACAAACUUGACGUUUCAACAGACGGUGCAUCGUACAGCCCCAAGGAGCUUCAAGAAAUGCAUUCAUUGGUGCUGGAGCGUAUUAUGCACGCCCUGUUCCUGAGGAAGCGCCAGCUGCCUGUUCUUAAACUCCUGGAAGAGAUUUUUACCACUAUUUUGCUGUAUGCUAAGCAAUCGAGACUCCAAGCACUGGGACGAGAGCAAGAAUCUGGGGAGUCAUUUGAUCCAGCACACUUGUAUGCUGAGUUUAAGAAGAAGGUACAGGUAUUUAUUACGGUUUGUCGUGGGCUGUCAGAAAAGAGCAAGGCCUCAAGUAAAAGAACGACUGGGGGUAUAACGUUUGACGAAUUUGGCAUUGGAGAUGAUAGCUUGGUGGCGCAGCUGGUGACGAGGUUGGACAUGGAUGACUACUACUGUAGACGUUGA